AUGGCGCUUGCCACAAUAACAUUACACGACAAUGGAACACAGACUCAGUGUGGGUACAACAACUCUGCUAAGGUGCAAUGCAGAGCUAAUGAAAGAAAUGAUAAUGCUCAAAGCUCUGGGUGGGAGAUAGAGCUAUACUCUCUAAGUGUUGGUCAAGGUGUGAUGCAAAUUGUUCGACCCGGGGAAGCAGAUGGCAGCAGAGAAAUGAUCCAAAGCACACUGAAUGAGUGCCUAAGGGGGGCGCCUAAGCGCGGGAAAGCGCCAGAGCACGUGAAGCGCUGGGGAAGCGGCUCUCAAUGCAAGACAAGGUCCAUUAGAAGUGGAAUAAUGAUUGGUGCUCUAAAGUGUGGCUCUAUACUGGUGCUCAGUGGUAGUAGAUGGGUGGUAGUAAGCUACUGGGCCAUGAGAAAUGGUGCCAUACAGUUAAAAAUAGCGAACUACUACGUACCUGUGGGCUGGAUGGACAGUGGAUGGAUGCUCCUGGAUGAUGGGCGACGCAGGGUGCUUAAGCGCGAGAAAGCGCGCAAGGCACGCAAGGCGCGCGCGGGAAUGCUGCGGCUGAUGAGGAUUAACCAGCGCAGUAGACAAAAGAACAGGAGCUGGAGGAAGCAUGAGGAUGGGGCCCGGAUUUGCAUAGGAGACAAUAUUGUAGUUGGAGGAAGUGUGGGAGGUGGAGUUAUGGGAGGCGAUGGCGACUCCAAGGCAGAUGCUGCCUGUGAGGUAGGGAGUCCCUCCCAGAAUGAGUCGCCUACUUCUGGCCAAUUCAAAUCAGUCAAGUUUUCUGAAAAAUUGAUGUCUGGGACAUUGUCCGUAUCCGAAGCCUCGCCUUCAAGUCGCUGUGGCCUCGCUAUUGAUAGCUCGGUAGUCUCUAAAAGGAGACAUAAUAGUGCUCUUGAAUUCUGGAUACACCUUACUAAAGUCACUCCCAUACUUUGUCUUACCUACAUGGAAACUUCAUAUCCAAGGUGA